UGCAAAUUUAACACACCGCAAGUUUGUCUCUUUCCUUCCAUCGCCAACUCGAAAUGACGACUCCGAACAGCACGGUGCCCCUCGACGUUGACCAUGAGCAGAACAUGGCACAUGAGAGCCCCGGUUCUCCCGUCGAAGGUCAAACUGACAAAGAAGUCCUUGCAUCAUCGAACGAUGUACAAAACAGCACCAACAGUAAUGCGAAACGAAGAUCUGGGACCCCGAACUAUUCAAGCUGCGAGAAAGUCGUGGACAGCGGGUGCUCUGACAAUAGGGAAAGUAAACGAAUCCGACUGGAAGAAGACGCAAAUGCCAAUGAACGACCUGACCGACCUGAUAGUGCAACCGACGUUCAAAUCUCAGAGUCGGUUUUCAAUGUCCACGAGUUCAUAGAAGAAAAAAACGCAAGACAAUUGAACCCGCUGUCCUCAGAAUCUGGUACUACACCCGAAAAUGGAAACGAAGAUGAUCUUGAAUACCUCGCCCUCGCGACCCAAGUCCUCAAUGGAAGUCUACCACACGACGCCAUUGCCUACAUGAACGGAAUGCAAGUAGACGGUGGCACGAAUGGGGAAUCUAUCACCAGCGUCCUCCUACCAUCGAUCCCAAACGUCAAUCUUCACACGAUCUCACCAUUUAUAUAUGGUACACCUCCGGAUUGGAAACCUAUCAGAAUUGCGCGUAUCGCUAUACCUGUACCUACUUAUCUGCUAGAAAAAUUGGUCAUGGCUCCGCCUUCAAGUCUAUCUACGCCGUCUUCGCUUCUGGCAGUGUCUCCUACUCCUGGUUCUAGUUCUGGUUCUUCUCUACCCCUUCCUCCUACCCAAGAACUCGACAGGCCCGCGGAACUUCCUGUUCCCAAGACGGAAUCUCACCCUACUUCGGCUUCGAACACCGCUGAAUUCGAAUGUCAAGAAACCUUUUUACAAUCCCCUCCUGUCUCGGCAAGCUCGUGUUCAAGUGCGCCAACUCAAGUCAUAAGUACCGGUAGCGGCGAUACCUCCGCAUCUGUACUCAGCGCAUAUGAUAGCAUGAGUGCAAGCUACAUGCUUUCUCAGCCCUACGAGCUGAGCGAAAGGAUCAUAGAGAAAAUGGAAGCAGGGGAAGACAAUCGUACUUCACUGAAGAUUCGACACGUUCCGCAUUCGGUAACCAUAGACCAAUUGGAGGAGAUGAUCAAAAACGUAGUCGGGCCUCGGAAGAUUGACUUUCUCCAUCUCCCUCGGUUCAAGAAUGGCGACAAUGUUGGUUAUGGAUUCGUCAACUUCAUCCAUAUGAAAGAUCUCGUGUCGUUUGUCAAAAAGACUGAAAAUAUCAAAUAUGCGGGAACGAAGACGGAAGUUCAAUUAGGGAUCGCGACUGUACAAUCGAAGGAAGAACUUAUCCAAAAGCAUUUCACUCUUUACAACCCUGAAGAAUGGCAAAUUAGGAUCUAUCACUCUGAUGGACCGUAUGAAGGACUACUAGAGGGAACUCCAGUUGACAAUGCUGCACAGGAGUGUGAUCCUGUUACUACCGAAGGACAAGUCGAACAAAACAGUGAAAGCACCACCACUCCAAUCAUUUCGGCGCUGGUGGAACCAUCCGGGCUUCUUCAAUCUGAGGCUACUACUUAUUCGAUUCAAUGUCUCUCAUCUCCGACGCCGCCAGAAGUUGACUCUUCGUCAAGCCACGAGUCUAGUACGGAUGUUGAGCGGCCAGAAAAUCUGGUGCAACCACCCGCAUUAUCCAGAACAUUCAAUCCUCUCGAGCUGGACAUUGACAAAAUCAAGGCAGGCAAAGAUGAUCGAACUGCCAUCAUGUUCAAAGAUGUGCCUCCAGAAGUGACCGGACAAUAUCUAGAGCAAAUCAUCACAGAGGUUUGUGGUGCACAGAAGAUUGAUUUUCUGUAUCUCCCUGGGAAGGCUCCGAAUUUCGUUACCAAUGCGGGGUAUGCCUUUGUCAACUUCAUCCAGGUCGAAGAUCUUUUGCAAUUCUCGCAGCAGAUGUCGAACCAGCUCUGGUCUCCAGAAUCAACAACCGUGGUGAAAUUUGCAUAUGCAACUCUGCAAACCAAAGAAAAAUUUGUUCGAAGAUAUUGCAUCAACAAACUCUCUCGAGUAAAGAGCACUGUUCCUCAGGAAUGGCAACCACGGUUGUUCCAUCCAACUGGUCCUCAGCAAGGACUACCAGAAGAUUUGCCUGGGCUGGAAGAUCCUCAAUACAUCCUUUCUUCACCUCAAACCCGGAAAUAUGAGGUUGUUCAAGAAGCUCUCGCAGGCAAUAUAGGUAAUCUGCUCAAAGAAAAGCCUGGAGAUGUGACUGGAUUGGAUUUAGGAGAUUUUUUCUGAUAUGACAGUAGAACUUGAAUUAUAGUCAAGAUUCUGUAUCCUUGAUUGAGUUGUGCAAUAGUGUAUGUUUAGUUUAGUUGUGUAUCAAUUUUAGCUCAGCCAAGUUGUUGCACAUGUGCAUGGUGGGCUCCAGCAGAGGGGGGAGGUUCUGUAAGGCCAUGAAGGGAAACAUCAUUGGUUAGCUUUGGUUAGCACUCUAGCAUUCAUCUUAUUUUCUUCCAUA